AUGGAUCUAUGUCGCUAUACAGUCACCGAACUCUUACGAAGAACAGGCACCUCGGUACCCGGCUUUGACUCUUCCGCUUUCGGCGAUGAGGUCGACAAGCUCGCACGUGCUGAAGCUCAGACAUGGAAUCUCGGCGGCGUGUCCCCCGCCCGCCUCGAACACUGCCUCAUCACCGGGAUUGAUAUCGCGAAGACGACAUACAAACACACUCCUGUCGAGACACAGGUUCAUAUCGCUCUGUGGACUGCACUAUGCGUCUGCGUGGACGAUUUCGACACUAGCGUAGACGCCAUCGCUGAAUUCGCUGAAGGAUUUUACGCCGGUCGCGAGCAGCUUCAUCCGUUGCUUGACUUGCUCGCGGAUAAUAUCCGUCGGAUGCAUGAAUUCUUCCACCCCUACGGCACCACUGUUAUCGUCACCGGUACGGUGCAGUUUGUCGCCUGUACAUUGGUCGACAGGGAGACAAAGGCCAUGAAUCUGCACCCUUCAGCUCGAGGAUAUCCGCUGUACAAGCGCUUCCGCAACGGGCUCGGUGAGGGAUACUCCCACUGCAUCUGGGACAAGAUACACUUUCCCGACGUGUCUAGUUAUAUUCAGGCGAUGCCUGAGGCGAGUGCGAUUUUUAUCCUUGUCAAUGACCUGUGCUCUUUCUACAAAGAAGAGCUUGUCGGCGAGAAGAACAACUUCAUUCAUGACCGUGCCCGUGUCACCAACAAAGACCCCGAAGCAGCUCUGAUGGAUACACUUGAAGAUGCCGUGGACGCCGUCAAUAGGGGCAGAGAAAUCUUACAAGGCGAGCAGGAGAGGCAAGCAUGGGAGAGCUUUGUGGUGGGAUAUGUGACAUUUCACUUCAUUUCUCCUCGCUACAAGCUGGGGGAGCUAUUCGGCGCAUCAGACUAAGCUCACGCCCUGCCUUAAUUUUGCGUCUUGCAUUUCAUCCCUUCCGUGGACCACAUCACCAUUUUCCAAUUUUGCAGGGUCACUGUGCCGGAGUAGUGCGCCCCGGAGAGGUGGGGGUUCGAAUACACAAGACCAGCGAAUUUAUGGUAUCUACAAUGUGUACUUUGGCAAUAUAGCUCGCUG